GGGAUGAAGAGGCAGUUCAGGUUUUCGCAGCCCAUACUGUAAUUUUUUCGUAUGUGCUUAAGCGAAUCACGACUUCUAUUUUUUAGGCUUAGGCAUGCUUAUUUUCUUUAGUUGAAGUGAAGGGCUAGUUCAUCCCUUGUACGUAUCAAAGCACAUCAGCGAAAUUAUUUCCUAGAGCGACAGAGAGUAGAAAUGUUAACAACUUUCCAUACCUACAAGUCAGUUGCUUGAAGAGAAGUAGAUCAAGAUGGAACACAAAGAGAAUAAACCCACCGCAAGAAGCUGCUCCAGCAGUAGCAGCAGUACCCUGGCAGAGCCCACAGUACCCGCAAAGGCUUCUUCCUCUUCCUCCUCUAGCUUCCUUCUUCCCGACGCUGGUGCGUCUGCCUCGUCUAGCUCUACACGUCGAGAUCACGACGCUAACGCCAGCAGUGUGAAAAAGACAAAAAAGAGCAAGAAGAAAGAUAAACACCGAAGCAAGACGUCAGAUUCAAAGCGAGUCAGCAGUACCGAAAAAGCAGAAUUCCGGAACACCGGAUUAGGCGGAAUUGCAGCGAGCGCUAGCGUUCUUUCUAGAAACCUAAACCGCGACGAAAAAGUCGAUAGUGAAGACGACGAGGACGACGACGAUAUCGUCGACUUACAAAACAUCUCUGACGAGGAGGAAGAGCCCGAUUCCGAAGAGCUUUUCCAGGAUUUCUCCGAAGCCGAGUCCAUUUCCGAGAACGACAGCGAUUUAAUACGCGAGUGCGAGGAGGCGGAUAGAUUGAACCGAGAGGAGGAAGAGGCGGCGAUUGCCGCCGGGGAGGUGGACGAUAUUGAGGGAAAUGAUGAGGAGAAUGAUAAUUCUUCCGAGGAUGACAAGCAAACGGUGCCUAGUUCGGAAGAUCGGGAAGACGAAGACCGCGAUUUGAGCGAUUUGGUCGUGGACGACGACGAUGCAGACAGCGAGGAAGAGGAAGACAGUUCUUCCGAAGAGGUACCAAGCGAGUUCCUAGAAGAAGACGAGCACCCAUUGUCCCGCAACAUGAAAGAAAUUGUCAGGAGGGGGUUGCAAGAAUCUCAAGAUACAGCAGCCCGCGCGACUACCAUGACAACUGGGGAUAAUGUUAAAGCGACGGUGGAAAAUAAAAGAACAGAAGGUGGUUUCCAACAAGAACCACCUGGGAACAAUUCUACUACUACUACUACUGCUGGAACUACUUCGUCCUCUUCCGGAAAGACGAGCUGUGCCUUCAGCGCAGGGGUUUUCCCUACUGCGAACAAGGAGAUUAAGGGGAGUCGGCGGCAAUCUGCCGCGCGCCCUCCGAGGACUACUGUCUCCACGAAGGAGAGCUUCCGGAUUUUUCAACCGGAAAUUGAAGUGGAGGAUUCGGACGAGGAGGAAGAGGAAGAGGACUGCGACGAAGAGGAGGAAAUAAGCUACGUAGGUGCUAUGUCUAUACCUUCUGACAGUCUGUGCUCGAAUUACGAUAGUGGGGAAGGGGAUAGUGCGCUGGAGCAACUGAGCUUGAGCAACGGAGAGGAGAAUACUAAAUCGGGAAGAAAUAAAGGCUCGUCUUCAUCUGCUGGGGAGAAAAAGAAGAGAAACAACGACGACGAAAAUAAAGCGUAUGCGAAGAUGAAAAAACACGACGAAAAAACAUUGGCCAUGAUAAAGCGGAGAGGCGAAAAAACGGUCGAUAAGAUCGAAGCGGCCGUCGACAGGCUCUAUGAGAUGUUGCCAGGUAUGGAGUUAGUACUGAGGUCCACCACGUCCACCUGCAGUUUUGGGAAUAAUUAUGUGAAAAAUAAGAUGAAACUCAAACUCUGAAAGCGAAAGGAUGUUGCUUGAGUCAAUGUUGUACGAUAUUUCUAAGCCCUGGUUGUUGUUGUAAAAAAUUCUUCAGAGCCUCCCGAGCCACGCGUGGUCGCAAAAAGCGCCGCAAAUCGUAUAAAACGAACAUAACCAUCAAUACAGGUCCUCCCUCUGCUCCAACUGGUUCUUCGAGGAAAGUAGACGAGAAGCCAGCACCGGUGUUGACCUAUCCAAGUCAAAGUAGUAAGCAGUCGGAUGUUGUUGAAAAGGAGUCGCAGUCGGAUAAUUUCCAAGCGCCGAAGCGGAGAAAAAAGCUGAUCAGCCGGAGCAGCGACGAAGAGGACGAGGAGCCUGUGAAAAUAAAAUCUUCCUCUUCUACUACGAAAAAUAUUAAAACCGGCGACGCAACCACUGCGAGCAGUCCUGCUUGUUCAACAUCCAAAGAAGCUGCCGGAGAACAGAAGAAUACCAAGAGGAAGAACAAGUUGAUCAGCCGUAGUGACGAUGAGGAGUCGGACCACAACAACCGUGGCUGCAACGACGUUGAAAACAUCAAGACUACAAGAACACUCGUAGAGGGACAGCACACCGCCUGUCCGGAAAUUGAAGCGGAGAUUUCAGACGAGGAGGAAGAGGAGGAUUCAGACGAGGAUGCUCCUUCUAGCAGUUGUCCUAGCGAAGAAGAACACUACGAUUGUUCAGGGAACAGUUGCGCGGGCGGGUCAAUCACAAAUUACUCGAAUGAUCCGAGUUCCUCUCCGGUCGGGGGGGCCGCGGAGGGAAAAACCACGAGGGGUAGUUCAUCUUCGUGUAGUUUUCACGAAGGCCAGCAUCUGAAUGUGAUGAACGACAACGAGAGGCGGGGACGUAGUAGCGGUUCUUCUAGUGAAGAAAAAAGGAGCAAAAAUAAGCUCCAAGAACAUCAACAACAGCAGCAGAAGUCUUCUACUACAACUACCUCCAUGGUAACUACGUCCUGUUCCGAAUAUGAGGAGGAAGAGGAGGAGGACGACAGCCAGUUAAGCCGGCUGGAGUUUUCGUCUCUGGAAGAGGAAGAUGAGGACGAAGAAAUGGAAGAGGAAGACGACAAUAUCAUGAACAGCAACAGGAGCGCUUUUGGUGGUGGUAGUGCUGCUGCUGCUGCAUCAACUUCUGCGGGUAUUAACUCAACCCUGAAGAUGAAAUCCAGAACAAAAUCCGCUGCGAACAAGAUGCUUUCAAAGAAAAGCGCUGCCGAGGAGCAAAACAGUUUUUGGGAGGAUGAAGAAGAGGAGGACGAUAUUAUCGACAGCUGUGACGAGAGAGAACAAAACGCCGAGCUUGAUGGCAAAAUUAUGCUGAGCGACGAUGCCAAAAUCAGAGCCCCGCGACCGUCUGUAGCCUCUUCUGCGGACGAACAAGGGGAGGAAGAUAAGAGCGACGUGCGUCGUGUUAAUACCAAGAAGAAAAAGCUUUCCCUGGAGUCGCAGCUGGCGUCGCUGAAGCUUGACAAUAACAGCAGCGUCGGGAGUUGUGAGGACAGUUCUUGUGAUAAGAAUCUGAGCGACGGAAAGAAAAUGCAGCAGUCCGAUACAAAAUUGCUCUUAACCGAUGAAACCGACCAUGAUGAGGUUCUUGAGGACUACGAUCCGGACAAUGCUCUCAUCGACGAGAAACCCCGGGGCGUUUGCUACCUGGAACGUCUCCCGCCGUACAUGCGGCCGGACAAGAUGCGGCACUUACUGGACCAAGCGCUAUCGACGAAAAACAGCGGGAAUAAAUCUGGCACUUCUUCGGAUAACAAAUUUUUCGUGUCCCGCAUCUACCUCAAGCCGGAGACGGAACAGGAGGCGAAACACCGGAAGAAGGUCUUCAAGGGAAACCGGAAGGUGAAAUACACGGAGGGCUGGGUCGAGUUUUAUGACAAAAGGAAAGCGAAGAAAGCGGCGGAUUGCCUCAACGCGACGCCGAUUGGCGGGAAGAAACGACACAACUAUUAUCGGGACGACAUGUGGAAUAUCAGGUAUAGUGCGAUACUGUACUUGCAUAGUCAGAUUUGUGUGACAGAUAAAGGUGUCACUGUGUGGACGGCACGACAAAUGUUUGCUCUCGAAGUUAUUCCUGUUUUCAUCAACCCAUGUUAAAAAUCCCAGGUACCUGCACAAGUUUAAGUGGUCGCAGAUUAAGCAAGAGGAGCGGUACAACCGGGAAGUCCGGAAGCAGAAAUUGCAGCGCGAAACCGUGAAGGCGAAGAAGGAAAAUGAAUUUCUACUCGAGCAGGUGUUCAAGGAAAAAGUUGGAAAGAAAAUCGCGGAGAAACGGGCGGGGAAGGUUGGUGGAGCAACGGUCGUGAAGACGAGCAAUGACAAAUCUGCUGCAGGAGAAGCUGUGAAUCUGAAUGAUAAAACUGCCCCAGCCAGCGCCGGCACCAGCACUGGUGCCAAAAGCAAAAAAGCGAGCAACAAACGUCGCAUGAGUUCUUUGAAUGCUGCUCGUGGUGGUGCAGCCGCGAUGGCCGCUUCGUCGAAUUGGGCAGCCUCCUCUUCGACUUCCGCGCCAGCUCUGAAAAAACCGAAAACCUUGUCCAGCUCGGUGCUUUCCGGGUUCCUGUGAAGGGAUUGAAGAAGCAACAACGGGAGGACGAUCUGCAAAGUGUAACUUCAGAAAAAUUUCACUCUGUAUCUUCCCCUGAAAAAAACCUCGACAGCUGCAUCCGACAUUUUGCGUAUGAUAUGGAAAAAGCGAUAAUGUACUUGCGAUUAUUAUGUUUCCUACCGCCCGG